AUGUUGAUUCGUCCGAUCCAAUACCAGAAAUCAGGGAUGAGCUCAUCGCGCUCCUGGAGCGUUUUGUUCAUCUUAUUGCUUCCCACGCAACCAUUGAUCUUCAAGAGACGCCCAAGAAUACUUCACGAACUUUGCGAGGCAGCCCCAGAUGUCGCACGAGCCAUUGCAGGCACUAUCCAAGGAAACAAGACGGUCCCAUCCGAACAGCAGGUCAACGCGAACACUGCCCUCUUAAAACGAAAGUGGAAGCCAGACCAAGAUCCCCCAUAUCGUCCAUAA